AUGGACGCCCAUGCCCAUCUACUCUCCCUUGGCUGGGCAGGACCCGGCCACUCUCUCGACUCAAGACCAUAUAAACAAAAAGGACACCGAGGACUCGCUUACGACCCUGCCAAAGUCGGCAAUAACGGCGUCGGCCUUGUCAAGCCUCUCUUAAUCUCACAAAGAAAAGGGCGGUUUGGCAUUGGGAAGAAGGCGCAUGAACCACAGGCCGGAAAUCAGUGGUGGCUGAAAGGGUUUGAAAGUGCGCUGGGGAAUAUCGGCAAGAGCGAGAGUGAGAGAAGUAGUGGCACAGCUACGCCAGUUGCACAUGACUAUGUGGCUGGAAAACACGGGGGACUUUACAGCUUCUUCGUCAAGGGACAAGAGAUGGAAGGGACAAUUGGCAGGGUCGACGAUACAAACCGAUCUUCGAAAAAGAGGAAGAGCGAUGCAAUUGAUGAGGGAGAAGACGAUACCACAGGAUCCACCAUAUCUAAGAAGCGAGAAGCCGCGGCAGAAUUUGAAGAGGUUGGAGCAUAUUUUGCGCUGCGUGACAAAGACGAGAAGCGUCGUCAGCGCAGCCAAAAACAAAAUCCUGUGGCGGAGUUCGAGCAAGUGGGCGAGUAUCUUCAGGCAAGGUUGGAGAAAAGGAGCAUGAAGAAGCGAAAAUCACAAGUUGGGCCUGAAGCCACUGAACUCGACAUGCCGGUCGAAAUGGGUAACGGGGAAGAGGCAACGCCGAAUCCAGUAGAAACGAAAGAAGAAAGACGUGAGCGGCGCCGGCGGCGGAAAGAGAAGAAGGAGCAGCAGAGGAAUGCAUUGGCAGAUCGGGGGAACCGGCGGCAGCCUGACUUGCCGAACGACGGUGUUGUAGAGGAUACUUGCGCCAAAGCUGACCGAAGAGAGGGCAAGCGAAGGAAAUGUGGAAAGACCGCUACUAAGACUGCGAAGGAGGGCUGA